AUGGAAAAUAGUGGAAGCAGUUUAAAUUUAAGGAAGAGGAGGUUGGAGAGCUUAAAGAACACAAGCUCUGAUCCAACUACAAAAGUAACAUCAGAAAUUUCGGAGAAGGAUGUAGGACACGAAGUUGAUGUCAAUGAAGAUGGUUUGGGAUUCAAACUGAUAUCUUGUGCAAGAAUUGUGGCAUGUUUCAUUACCAUAAUGGUUACAACUGUGAUAUGGGAAUUGAUCAUGCUUGUACUCCUACCCUGGCCUUAUGAGAGGAUUAAGCAAGGUAAUGUGUAUGGACAUGUCACUAGUAGAUUGAUAAUGUGGAUUCUAGGGAAUCCUGUAAAGAUUGAAGGAGCAGAAUUUGCUAAUGAGAGGGCAGUAUUUAUCAGUAACCAUGCCUCUGCUGUAGAUAUUUUCCCUACAAUAUGGUUGACUCCUACAUGCACUGUUAGCAUUGCCAAGAAGGAGAUCAUAAGGUAUCCCUUAUUAGGAUAA